AUGGGCAACUUUUCCGAGUCCCCGGAGCGCGGCCGAGACCGAUUACACGACAAUGGCAUCGCACAUGCUGCUAUCGAGUUUGCCCAGCAAGCCGAGAAAUUGUCACUGCAAAAAAGCGAGAGUAACAACAACGAUUCCGAGGUUGCGGUCGAAGCCCGCUUCGUAACACCUCAAGAUCCCGUUAUAGUCACAUCGGACGGCAAGAGACUACCGGGUGUACCACUUCAAGAGGCGCACAAGUUGAACAUUCUCAAGGAAGAACUUCAAGACGGUUCAGCCGUGGCCAAGAUCAAGGAGGGAAACGACACGGACGGAAAGGUCACAAACGCCGGUGUGCUAUCAGAGAAACGAGAGAGGAUUGUCUCUCUACCGACCGAUGCAAAUGGGAAAUCCAUGCAGAAAUCAGGUGAAGCACCUCUUCGUCGCCAAACACCUCCCUCACAUACCAACCCAUUGUUUCCGCCUCUGCCUCUCUACGGGCCUCCGUCAAUAUUUCGUAAUGUUCAAUGCUUGAUAUUCCGUAUUUCAGCAUUCUUCCUCAGUUUGGCCUUUCUCGGGGUCAUUGUGCUGGGUGCGCUCUUCACUAGCAUCCCCCCGCUGUGCAAGAGGAUCUUAUAUCGCAUGACACUGCAAAAUCCCGAUAAGAAGAGGCCCUUCCACGAAGAGGAGGCACGCAGAGCCAAGAGUCGCAAGGAGGAGAACAAAAAAUGGAAGCGCAGCAAGACCAGCGAUAGGCUGGGUAAAGUGAAUGAAGCUGCUGAUGAGUUUGUUCCGACCGAAGGGGGACCAGACCCGAUCGUCUGCGACGUAGGCUAUUACGCUCGCCGUGUUGGCCUGGAUGUCGAGGAAAUCGAGGUGCAGACCGAGGACGGCUUCCUCAUUGAUCUCUGGCACGUAUACGACCCCAAGGAGUACACAAGGAUGAGCGAAGACGAUAGGUCCGACAGAGGACCCGACAUCUUCCAGUCUUCCAAGAAGAAGCUCAAGGAUCCUGAUCAGAAGCGCAAGUUCCCUGUUCUGCUCAUCCACGGUCUCCUACAAAGUUCCGGCGCAUAUUGCACAAACGACGAAAGUUCGCUCGCGUUCUACCUGUGCAAGUCUGGCUACGACGUCUGGCUGGGCAAUAACCGAUGCGGCUUCAAGCCAAAGCACACCUCGCUCAAGUACACCGACCCAAGGAUGUGGUGCUGGAACAUCCGACAGAUGGGCGUCUUUGAUCUGCCGGCGCUCACAUCGCGCGUGCUCUAUGAGACCGGCUUCGAAAAGAUCGGGUUGAUCUGCCACUCACAGGGCACGACCCAGACGCUGGUCGCACUCGCCAAGGAGCAACGGCCAGACCUAGGCGAAAAGUUGACCGUUUUCUGCGCGCUCGCGCCGGCCGCCUACGCCGGUCCCUUGAUUGGCAAGAUGUACUUCAAGUUCAUGAGGAUCAUCACUCCGGGCAUGUUCAGGUUGAUGUUUGGCAUCCACGCCUUCAUCCCCUUUAUGAUGCAGAUGCACCAGCUGCUUCACCCAAAGGUCUACGGCUGGCUCGGCUACAAAGUCUUUUCUUUCCUCUUUGACUGGACGGACACGAGGUGGGAUCGCGGUCUCAAGGAUCGCAUGUUCCAAUUCGCACCCGUCUACGUCAGCGCGGAGUCGAUGCGCUGGUGGCUGGGCAGAGAAUGCUUCGCGCGACACAAGUGCAUCCUCUCAACGAAAGAAGACGUGCGCGCCGAGGAGAAGGAGGAUAACAUCAACGGCCACGAUGCCAACAACACCAACGGCAAUAGCCACACUCUCCGAGCCGACGAUGCGGACGGCGUCAUGUCGCAACGGACCGUAGACGACCACGUCCGCAGACCGAAGGGAUCCACAGCUUGGUACAACGAGCAAGUGCCCCCAUUUGCCCUCUGGGUUGCGGGCAACGACGACCUCGUGGACGGCAAGAAGCUCCUCCGCCGCUUCGAACGCGGGCGCGAGCCGCACGUCAACGUCGUGCACAGUAAGGUCAUACCUGAGUACGAGCACCUCGACGUCAUCUGGGCCAUGGACGCGCCGGAACAGGUGUUUAAGGAGGUGCGCGAGGUGCUGUGGAAGACAUGCGACGUCAGGGACGCGUGCCGGGUGCCGGUGGCGUGCGAGGAGGUUGAGCAGUGGGUACGACCGCCGCCGAGGAAGCUUGCUAACGGAGCCGUGGAGGAGAGCCAAUCUAGCAGCGACGAGACUGAAUAG